CGACGCUCGGUCGCCAUUUUGAGGAUCUCGACCUGCAGACGCCGGUUGGAGGCCGUUGUUACGCAGCACAUCUCUAACGUUUUAAGUAUUUUUAAGUUUUCGCUGAUUUACGGAUCAAUGUCUCGAUUUAAUCACAAUCGCGGCGGCCUGGGGAUGAAUAACUUCCAGCCACGCAGAGGCGGCGGCGGUGGGCCCGGCGGCCCGAUGCGGGGUGGGCUAAUGGGAAACCCGAAUUUCAGGAACCAUCCUUUCCAGAAUCAGAACCACAACCGGAGGGGAGGGAACAAUAACUUCAACAGGCCGCCGAACCAGGGCCCGCAUAUGACGCCACAGAAGCCGCAACAGAACCAGUCGCUGCCCAUCAUCCCUCCACCGAGCCCCGGCCCGGCUCUCACCAUGAAAGGCCCGAUGCAGCAGCAGCAGAAACCGGCGCCGCCACCGGAGGAGCCGCGGAAACCGGCGACCCCGACGCCCCAGCCCAAGAUCCAGUCCCCGCCGCCGAAACCCAGCAUCACGUCCCCUCCGGCCAACCAGGCGAACAAGAACCAGAACCAGAGCCCGCAGCUGAAGUCGCCGGUUGGGAAUGCUAACGGGCAGAAGCAGCCUCCACACCCGAGCCCGAAGUCUGGGCCGCAGCAAGCCCAGAAGAGCGGCCCUCCGCCCGGCCAGAGGAGCGGCCCUCCGCCCGGCCAGAGGACCGGACCCCCGCCGAUGAAGUCCAAACAAGACCGGGAGGAGAUGAGUGCCACAGACGGCGGCGCACAGUCACACGGGAACGAGUCAAAGGAGUUCAGGGCAACGCUGUCCAUGCUGCUGAAACCCGGCGAGAAGACAUACACGCAGCGGUGUCGUCUGUUCAUCGGUAACCUGCCCAACGACAUCACAGAGGAAGAUUUCAAGAAGCUGUUCGCAAAGUAUGGAGAGCCCAGCGAGGUCUUCAUCAACAAAAGCAAAGGCUUUGGUUUCAUCCGAUUGGAGUCGCGUGCACUUGCAGAAAUAGCAAAAGCAGAGCUGGACGACACACCAAUGAAAGGCAGACCCCUACGUGUCCGAUUUGCUACACACUCUGCGGCUUUGUCUAUAAAGAAUCUGUCUCCGUUUGUCUCCAAUGAGCUCCUGGAAGAAGCUUUCUCACAGUUUGGAAUGGUUGAGAGGGCCAUCGUCAUUGUAGAUGACCGUGGGCGCUCCACAGGCAGGGGUAUUGUCGAGUUUGCUUCCAAACCCGCUGCCAGAAAGGCCCUGGAUCGUUGCAACGAGGGCGUCUUCCUUCUCACCACGUCACCCCGACCUGUUGUUGUCGAGCCUCUGGAGCAGUUUGAUGAUGAAGAUGGUCUUCCAGAGAAGCUGGCACAGAAGAAUCCCAGAUAUCAAGCAGAGCGAGAGGAACCUCCCCGUUUUGCUCGACCAGGCACUUUCGAAUUCGAGUACUCCAAACGCUGGAAAUCCCUGGAUGAAAUGGAGAAGCAGCAGAGGCAACAGGUGGAGAAGAACAUGCGCGAGGCCCGUGAGAAGCUUGAGAGCGAGAUGGAGGACGCGUACCACGAGCACCAGGCCAACCUGCUCAGACAAGAUCUUCUGAGGCGACAGGAGGAACUGCGGCGCAUGGAGGAGUUGCACAGUCAGGAAAUGCAAAAGAGGAAGGAGAUGCAGAUCAGACAAGAAGAAGAGCGUCGCAGGCGGGAGGAGGAGAUGAUUCGCAAGAGGGAGAUGGAAGAACAGAUGCGCCGCCAGCGGGAGGAGAACUACAGGAUGGGCAACUUCAUGGAUAGGGACAGGGAAAUGAGAAUGAACCCUGGGGGAGCUCUGAACAUGGGUGACUUGCCCUUUGGUGCAGCAAACCAGAAGUUCCCCAUGGGUGGACUGGGCUUUGAGGGACAGCCAGGAAUGGGACCAUCCGCCGGAGGCUUGAUGGGCAACGAAAUGCGCAACGAGCGCUUCGCCCAGGGUGGUCCUAGGGGAAUUGGUCCUGGUAACCCCGGGUAUGGCAGGGUCCGCGAGGAGUUUGAUGGUCCCACUAAGAAACCCCGUUUUUAAACGCUGCUCUUUGAUGCUCCCAGCAGCACCAUUUGUAUAAAUUAUCCAAAACAAACAUGCAUUUUCUUGUAUUUAAGUUUAAAUUGUUGCUACAUUUUAGCCAGACAAUUUGCUCCUUUUAUGACAAAGUCAAUAUUUUCAUUUUUUAUUUUGUAUUGUCAGUAGUAUGGAAAGAUGAGUCACAUUCGUGUGGUCGUUAGUUCUUUCUGACCCAUGUAUAAUUUUUCUUUUCUAGAUGUAUUAUCCUCUGUGAGUCGCCGUGAAGUGAUAAUUGUAACAUUUUUCUCAACUUUCUAUGGCUGUGUUUUGUGCCAUACAUUUGGAGUCAAAGCAUGUAUUAUAAUAAAGAUACAUUGGUUCUAUCAGGACAAACCUUUAACAUUUAUUCCUAAACGUUGAAACGUACAUUGCGUUCACAAAGCAACCAAAUCCCAACAAUUGGUUGUUUGCACUUAUGAAAUAAUGUGGACAAAUCUGCCACAUUAGGUCUUAAAGGGUCUAUGUGUUAUCUCUGCUACAGUCCUGACUUCUUUGUUCCGCAAUGCGUGCAACACAAUCUACGUAACACAAUGUGUGAACCCGUCUGAAGCCAAAAACAUCCUCCUUUAACUUCCUGAAACCCGUCACAACUGGCAUUCUUCAUAGAAAUACUACGUCGGAGUUAAAAAUAUACUUAGUUUUGGGACAUGACCUGAUUAUGAUUGUGCUCUUCAGGUGACUUGUAUUUAUAAUACUCCAGUUUGGACUCCACAAUCACUGCUUUGUGGAACAGUCGGUCUCUUUUUUUUUUUCAAACAUUAAAAUAUUAACUGUGUUUCAGACUUAAGUGGGUUCACUGAGAGGUUUCCCUCAGUGACUCUGCUUUUACAGUCCUGCUUCAGGAGAGCAGAAAUACGACACAUAGAACCUUUAAGAGAGCCUGUGGUGUAUAGUGUGUAGUUGUGGAUAGCAUUGCGAACACAUUCUGCUCAUAAAUCACAUACUCAGGCUGUCACUGACACAGUCCACGUUGGUGUGUCUUGUGUGCAUGUUUGGGGGUCUGGGGUUAUUGACUACGUUUACAUGCAGACGAUUGUAUGUAUUAAUAAAGAUCACUGCACUCACAUCGUAAAUGGAUAGAUGUCCUAAAACCUGCACUUCCAAUUAGUGUUUCCAGCUGAAUUAUUUUUUUAACUGAGAUCUCAUCCAUUUUUAGAGAAACGACCCAGUUUGCUGCCGUGCUGCAUUAUGCUUUUCAUACCACGGGUAUUUGUCUUAAUGAUCUGUUAUCAGACAUUAUUGAGCUUGUAGUCUCCGUUAUGCUUUUGGCAGUGAGAUCAAUAUAUAAGACACAAGGUGCAGAAGUGCUUUUAGUGUGUAGGGUAUUUAAGUGUAAUGGCACAAAUAGAAGGCCGAUAACCUCAUUUCCUCUAAGUGGCUACAGUCACAUGUUAUCCGUAUCUUUUUUUAGUUGAGUUACACAGAUUAUCCUUUUACAAACCUGCAUGUAAACGUAGUCCCGUUCAGUUCAGGACUAUAUUUUUGGGUUCAACAGAGUUCAGAGUUUAAGUGUGUGUAUAAGGAACACAAAAGGAAGGAAGUCUUUUAUUGAAGUAACUUCAUCUGAGUCGAAUGUCCGUACCAUAGUUAGACUAUUUGUUGGCAUGAGUAAAUCUGCCUUUGCAUGACUGGCAAGGGAUGCUCAGUUGGUCUUAAGUAACAUUAGGUAACAUGCAUUCUGCUCAGUUUUAAAGGCAUGAUAACUACUAGAAACUAAAGCAAAUGAAAACAUGAAUCAUACACAUUUAAUAACAAAAGAGAAAAUUAAGAAUGUCAGUGACCAAUUCUUUUCAGUUCUUGAUUUGAAUAUAUAUUCACUUAAUUUAAAAAUAUUUAUGCUUUUUAUGAUUUUGUUGUUUUUAUAGAGCUGUAUGACACUAGUGUGACCUAAGAGUCAGCAAACAAAGCCAAUGAUGGAUUUAGAAAACUGAUAUAAAUCCUAAACUUGCACAACUUGUACUUCACUGACAGCUUUUAUUGUGUGGGGCCUGUAACACAAGAAAUCCAGAGUUUCAGUUCUCUGCCCUGACCUUCAUGUAUAAGAUUGCUCUGGCUCGUACUGCAGUGGAAUAUAUGGUCCGUAUCUGCUGCAUCUUUCCUACUUUUUUUGUUACAGACAAAACAUCCUAACUCUCCAGCUUGUGAACUCACUUUUGCAUCUUGUUAUUCAACCGAAGGAAGACCGCUACGUGUUAUUGGUUUAAUAAUCUGAUAGUUUCACACUGUGAAUUCCAAUUUAAUUUAUAUUGUUGGACAGAUACAUUAUUUGGCUGUUUUUUUUACCACCAGUCACAUGGCUGAAAGAAGUUCUCUCAGCAUGCUUUGUAGUUAAACUGUUGGUAACGGACGAGCACCACAGUGCUUUCGUUUUAUUUACAACAUAUCUGGAUUCUGCCCAUUGAUCAACCCCUUCUGCAUUUCAGGAGACAUUUUAAGCUGUAGUUGCAUUAAUGUCAUCUGUGGCAAUACUACAAGACACAAGAGCUCACAAACAAACGGUGGUAAAACAUUUAACAACCUAACCCUUAAAAUGGGAAAAAAUCAAAAGCAUAAUGUUGGGCAUUAAUCACCUUGAAAUUAUAGAACUGCUUCAUCUGUGUUUUGUAUUUAGAUGGUGAACUAUUCUUUUGUUGGAUCACAGAUUGUAACUAAACUCUGUAAACUAACAAAAUGCUAUAUAAAGGAACUGUAUUACAAGGACUAAUAUUUUAAUAAUUACCAUAUGAAAGAGAAAUCAAAUCCACAUUUUACCCCUGCUGCCUACUCUGGCUGCUCCCCAUCAAUCAUGUCAGUACCUGCUUUGUGGUAUUUGGACAUCAAAUGGACACUCAGGGUUGUAUGGUAGGAGGAGGUGGGCUAUGAAAGUGAGUGUAAGUAUUCUUGCUUUAAUUACAACUCAUAUAACAAGUAUAAUGUUACUGCGUUUUUGUCAUGGAAAUGGAGAACAUGCUGGCCCUCUGUUUAUUUUUCCUGGCACUAGCUUGACUCUGACAUUCUGUGGAUCAUUGAAGGUAUAUUUUAUAUUACGAGUAGUUAACACAAGAGUCCUUAACAGUGCAGCUUUGGAUACUACUUUUAUAAUACUUACAUUUUCAAGAUGAAUAAGAACAAUAAUUAUCUUCCUGCCUGACCUUUACAGUCACUUGUAUAGUGCUCUUUUAUUGACAGCAAGUGUCUGUCCACUGGGACAACAUUGGGACCUGUAAUUGGAUGUCUACAAUGCAUCCUAUGGUAGUUCUUUGGCUAUUUAACAAAUUAAAAGUCUGCCAAAACGUCAGUGUAUGUAACCUUUUGUAGCAUUGCUCUUGUGCACAGUAUGAUGAUGCACCCUGCACUGAAAAUAAGAAUUUGUCCUUUUGGUUAUUAAAAAGUAUCCCAAGACAAUCUUCCCUCCUUCGUGUGGCAUCUGGGGAACUCCUGUAAAAAAAACACAUCUGAAAUCACUGCAAAACAGAGGACGACAGAAUAUUUGGAUGAACUUGGUAAUGGCGUUGGAUAUCCUGGAGUGUUCAUCUGCAAUGUUACGUGUGUUUGUGUUUUGUAAAUCUUUUCUUUGACAGGUUUGACCAGCUUUAAAAGAUUGACUGGAGGAAUUUGUGGCUGUAUAGCGUGGACUCAGGAAUGUUUUAGCAAAGAAACUCUAACCCCCUGGACUUGUGCAAACAACGUUAGUAAGAUUCACAACAUAUAUAGGAUUAAAACAAGGACGCUGACUGUAGCCUACACAUAUGCUUUUGAGUCAGUGUCGUAUAGACCUGCCUCGUCAUUCCUCGUGCAUGAAACCGUUUCUAACCUUGUAAAUAAAACUACAUGGGUAAAACCCAAACAUAACUAACUCUUAAUGUUGCAACUUAAUGUAUUUUUCAAAACCUUUUCAGAUAAUUUGCUGUUAAAGAAAUGCAGAUCCCUAAAUUUUAUGAAAAAAUGUCACUUCAGAUGUGAGAACUGUGGGAACCUUUUUACUGAAGGUGAUUGGCAAUUACCGGUAUUCUGCUGUCAUUAAUUUGACAAUUCGUUGGAGACCUGCUGUAGUUAUAUAACCUGUUGUGGGAAUGGAAGAAGAGACACUUUUGUAGUCCAAGAACACCAGAUAGGUGUUGGUUGGUUAAAUCAUAAAUGUAUUAGAGCUCCAGUUCAGUCUGGAACCAGUUUACAACCGUUGUUUGUAGAUCAAUGCUGGUGUAUUUGUUUUUCAGAUCACAGCCUAAAACUAAAUAUUCAUGCAACAUUAGACCAGCUCUUAGCUGCUGUUUAUUUACUUGGUAAAAUCUUGAAUCUCACUGAAAUCGUAGUUUAUAAUAAAAGUCAGAGUAAAAAAUAUACAUAAGCUUAAGUUUUUGAUGCUUUAUUCCUUCAUCUUUUCUUUUCUUUAUCAAGAGAAUUUAGCACAACAAAAACCUUUGGAUUUGUGAUGUAGGGCUUUGUUGUAAAUAGACUGUUCAGUGUCUGACUGCAAUGAACAGAUGUUUAACUGGAUUAAAAUGUGACCUGGAAGAGAUUUUUUGUCUAAUAGCGAUUGGGGGAAAAAAACUAGCGGGAGAAAAGGCAAAAUUCAAAAUGCCGCUGAUACUUUGGAGUCGGUAAGACAAUUAAAUAUUAUUUAAAAGUGCUAACAAAUCUUAAAAUUACUAAUAUAAAUGUAAUUUUGUUUACAGGAAGUUUAUGUUAAAUUAAAUAUGAAUAUAUAAAGUGUUAGGUUUAUUAGGUUUAUUUAGCACUUUGCUAGUCAAACACUAUUUGAGUAGUUUUCCACACAGCAUCUGAACCUCCUGCGAAAUAGUACAAAUUCUCAUUGACUUGACCCAAGUGUAAACUUUAAAACUUGUAAUGUUAUGUCUGUGUGUUGGUGUUGUGUACAAUUUGUUUUUCUUUAACAGGUUUGACCAUCUUUAAAGGUGUUGGACUAUGAGAAGGAACUUUCCAAACCAAGAAAUUCAAAGUCUGUAGCUUCUGUUGGAGUGGUUUUGUUAAUGAAAAGCUGUCUCUCGAGGACCAAAUAGCACCUGUUUUUGGAAAGAUUUCUUAUUAUUGAUCAUGAUAGAUUGGUGGCUCUAUAGCUUGGACUGUUGUUCAGGUGGAAGUUACUUCUUCCACGUACACAAGAUUUAACUGACUGUGCCAAGAAACACACAACUGCACUUUUAUAGACUUAUUUUGACUUUGCGUUAUUGGAGUAAAAUGGAAAUCAAAGCUUUGACACGUACACAUUUUAAGAGUAAGUUCAUAGUCAAGAUUUGUUAAAGGGUGGCACCAAGCACAUCUAACAGACUACCUAUGCAGUAGCUGUGUAAUAGAUGUUUGAACCAGGGACGUCUCCUAUGGCCAAAACAUUUUAAUCAAAUCUUUGAAGCUUAAAAAGAUGUUCUUUGUCAGGAUUUAUUUACAGGUGGCACCAAACACACAACAAUCAACUAUAUUAGACGUUCAGAACAUGGAUUUCCCUUAUUGCAGCACAUUUUCAGUCUGUUAUUAGAGUAAAAAAAUGAAAUCAAAAAGGUGCUUUUUGUCGGGACUCGUUUAAAGAAGGCAUUUAACAGAACAUAGUCACUAUAUUAGAAUGUCCCUUUUUAUUACUAACACAUUUGACAGCAUCAGAGGAGUAAAAAUAUAAGCUCAUAUCAAAGCUUUUGACACAUAGUUCAUAGUCAAGAGGCUGUAAAGUAACUAUAUUACAGGGGCGUCACCUUUUGCAGCACAUUUUUUGUUGAGUAAAAGCUGAAACCAAGUUUACAUUCUUAAGGAGAAGUUUUGAUUUGUUUAAGGCCUCCUGGCUUUUAACCCCCCGCACUGCACCUCGAUCCAUAAUUGUUCUCUCUUUGUGAAAAAACCCCUUUAACCCUAAAAGCUGAUACUGCUCUAGUAGACCUGACCAACCUCCUAUACACCAACCUACCUGAGGCAGGAAGUCCCAUGCACCUUGCGGUUGAAGAGAGGAUGGCGUGUUGUGCCUGUGUGGUUGUGUGUAUGUUUUCAUGUCUUUGGGUAAAUGAGAGGUGCGUUAGCUGCUGUCAGCCAGCUUGUCAAAGACAGGCUGCCCCAGUCCACAGUAGAGGCUCUUCUCUGCAGUUGGGUUACAUUGACGAUGAGUAGUUCUGCAGAAGUCAGUGGACAGUAAAGCCUGGACUUGUUUGCACUGCAGCCAGAGGUAUGCUUACACAGAUCAGCUGAACAAGUAAGGUAAGUGUCCCAUCCAUGUUUAUAAUACAAGAUGCACAGUUGUCCCAUAACUUGACUCUUCUCUCUGUCCUCUCUUUAUACCACGUCACUGCUCACAGUGACGUUUACAGGGCUUCUGGCAUCACACUUACAAAGAAUGGCAUCACAGUGCAGAUCUCUGUUCUUCAACCUUUUUUGUGUGUGGAUGUGGCAAAGCAUUACAGCCCCGUGCAGUGUGUGUGUGUGUGUGGUUGUAGUACUUUUUUGGCUUCUCUGUAUGUAUGCAUGAAAGGAAUUAUGUAUGGACGGCUGAGUCACUGGUUCAACACUACAGUUUCUAACCACGGACGUGUGGAACAAAGUGCAGAAGUUUUUUGGGAACACUUAAGGUCAAGAGAAGGGUCUCCCGUUUUUAGUUUCUGGCAAAUGUUAAACUUAAAGCAUUUAAUUCUUGUACAACUGUACAUGGCAUUUGUUUUUUGUUUGUAAACCGUAUUUAAAAUGUAAUUAGCAAUCAAAACAGGCAGGUUGUGUGCAACAAUGAACAGAAAAAAACUAUCCAAGCCCAACUCGUGGGAUGGCGUCUUCCAUUGUAAUGCUUUAAAGGAGUUUUUCGGGCUAGUGUUGACUUUGUGCUUUGCCUCUUUUAUACCUGUAACAGCUUUGGUUUGGUGCCUUUUUAAAAAAUAAUGUUGGGUAGCUUUUUGCCCUUCCAGAAACAAUAGCACAUCUAGCAAAUAGUCAAUCCGUUGUCUCAUGAUUUUUAAGUACAGUAGUCCCAGUGUGGAUCACUGAAACAUGGUAAAAAAUUAAAAUCAUUCAAACUAUUUAAUUGUUUGUUUUUUAGCACUUUGAGUUGUUAAAGGCAUACUAUGCAGUUUUCCGUUUUUGUCAAACAGCUACCCCUAGAGUCGCUGCCGAGUACUUGUAUUUAACGUUAACUGUUGUAAAUACCACUCACCAGAGCCGUCUCUAUAUACCCCUCCCCCCUGUAUACCUGUUCAUGUUCAGUAGGAUGGAAGCGUCGGACAUCGAACAGGCAAAGAUAGACUCCGAAGAUGUCUACUGACCAGGUAACGUCUGAGUGAAUGCCUACUAGUGUCUUCCAUUGAGGCUACUUCUUAUGUCGCUGAUGUAUGUGACCUCACGCCGUAAAGCAAUUCGUGAUUCUCGCGAGAUUUGGCGGGGCGCCACCUUUCAGACUUGCAUUGCUGGUUUUGCCAGCGGCGUCCCUCUCCUGCUCUGCUAUCAGGAUGAUUCGCUGUACUACGAGUUCGUUUACCAUCUAAAUGACUUCGAAGCUGUUAUACUAAGGUACAAAUCUUGCAUAGUGUGCCUUUAAGCACUGACAGAACUCCAUCUGUCUCCACUCUGGACUCCCUCUUGUCUCUGGCUGCGAAAUGUCUCUAAACCUAUGAAUGUUAAUUUUUGUGGUGUUGGGUUGGGAUGUCUUUGCAGUUAUGAAGUGAAACGUCUCACACUGCUCGGGUUGCUCUGGGUGGGAUUGUACAAAAUCAAAAUCCCUGUCAGACAUCCUGUUUUGUUUUUUUUUUAAAUCCAAUGCUCAAUGCAGUUUGCCUGAAUUUACACCAAAACCUUUGUGAGUGUGUGUGUGUGUGUGUGUGUGUGUGUGUGUGUGUGUGUGUGUGUGUGUAGAUGAGGAUUGGUGGUUUUGUUCUUUUCUUUCUCUUUUAAAAAUACAAAUAUUUAAUGUGAAUUUAUGACCAACUUCCUGAGCUCAUGUUAAGCUGUUUCUUUUCACUUUCUGUUCAUCCUGUCUGUUGAAGAAAGGGCUGUGAACUUUGGAUUCACUAUAUCACCUGAAGUGUCUACACUUUAAUUACACCAGUGUAUUAUUUACAACAAGAGUUUUGUAUCGGGAGAAAACACAAAUCCGAUGAAACGGGUGUCUGUUGGUGUUAAGAAUACAACAUGAAGUACUUAAAAACCUUUUAGUAUAUGAACUUUCAUCAAAAACCAUAAUUUCAUAGUCAAAUAAAAACAGGUCGCACAUAUAGUGUGUGUGUGUGUGUGUGGAGACAUACACUAUACUAGGAUAUCACAUAUUUGAUGCUCAUCAUGAUUAAAGCUCGGCUCAGAACUCAAAGAAAAAAAGCAAGUGUGGGAGAAUCAUCAUGUUUUCUUCUUUAUCAGAAUAAUCCAGUGAUAUUUAUUUCUACAUUAACGGAAACAUUGAAUACAGGAACUGCUAAUGGCUAAAUGAGCUUACUUUUAAUGCUAAUUUAAGGGAUGAAUUUGCAGUCUGCAGCAUAACUCUCUAAAUUCGUGGCAACAUAUUUCCUAUUUACAUCCCUCAGAGCAUUAUGGGAACUGUAGUUCCAAACCUGAUUAUUUCCCCAAAGAAUAACAGGAGCAAACAUUAAUAUUUUGUACAUAUUUUGUUGCACUCUGUAUAGUUUUUGACGGUGUAACAUGGCGAUGUGCUACAACAGUGCGGCUGUAUCCGGCAGCAAACUAAAUAAUGGUUGUUGGUUUGGGACUGAAGUGGUCUGUAGGGCAGACAAACAUACCAGACACAGCAAAACACAUAUAUAACUUAGAGCUGCUGGUUAUUUCACAUCCUGUUUGUGAGGAGGAAAAGGAAAACGCAGAGACAAGUAGUUCUUCUCUGAGAAUAAACAUUUGCAGUAGUGCUCGACUCUAUUGCUUUCUUUUCCUUUCCUAUCUCCUCUCAGUACCUCACUCUACUCAUAUGUUGUCAUUCUUCCUGUUGAACUUGAAAUGCCCUGUCAUACCAGUGACCAGCCAGCCAUUUUGUAAAGGGGAAAAAAAAAAAGUACAGUACAUCACGACUGUGGCAUUUUCCUUUCGUUUCUUGUGCGUAGGAGUUGUCUUGUAGCUGCAAAGGAAACCGUGGUGCUACCUGGAGUUUAUGGUUCUCACGAGCUCGGGUGAGCCUUGAUCAAGAGGGAACUACACUGUGUUACUGCCAAUGCCAUGAAUCAAGCCCUGGAGGCUGUCAAUAUGUAUCUCUCUGCACUGUGAUCCAUUUUCUAACGAAGUCCUCAGUCCUGAUUGGCCCAAAAAAUCUUGUCUGUGUCCUGAGUGUGAUGCCAGAAUAACCCUUUUGGCCUCUAAUGGCCUCGUCUAAAAGGGCACCGCCCCAAAGUCUGCAAGACUGACCUUUUUAAUAUGACUGUACAAGGUUAUGGUGCAGCUCCCAGCUGUGUUUUAAGGUUUUGCAGUAACACCCCAGAUGUGUCAGUACGAAGUCCAGCUUCACAUGGCUUUGUAACAGAAUUACCUUCCCUGAGGAUUGCAACAGAUUUGAACGUGUUGUCAUGAAUUUCAUCUCGUUCCCUCUGCAGUUUGUAAACAAAUGAUUCUACUUCAGGGUGCAGGGCGCUCUAUUUAUUUACCUGUGAUGCAUGUUCACAUUAUAACACCAUAACCUGUAUUUUACACAUUAAAACAUGUUUGUUUUUUUCUUUUGGAUCCACACACGUCACUGCGCACACACACACAAACACACACACAACACAGAAAACACACGUACUCUCAUACACAGGCUGUCAUUUUGUCUUUUUUUAAAAGGGUGGCAACUUCAAAAUAGUCUUGGCAUAUAAAACAAACAGAAACAUAAUGGUAGAAACCUGCUGACCAGUUCACUGCCAGGCUCUCAUUGUUUGUCUCUCGCCACAGGAGCCUCGACCUGUCGAAGGAGGCUGAGAAUCCGUGACGUUAAACCGUGGUAAAAUGAAGACUGAUGUCUGAUAAAAUGCCAGAGCUGCAGGGAGACCCAGCAACUGCACUGUGGUGAUGCCAGGAUGACUUCCAUCUGUUAUCUGCUCCGUUGUUGCAGAGCUGCAGGUGGUGAAGCAGAUGCAGUACCAGGAGACAUCCAGCAGAGGACAAGCAGGCCGCAGUCCAGAGAAGGGAUGCACUGUUUGUUGUUUUUUAAAUAAUUAAUAAUAAUAAAUAAUAUAAACCUAA